AUGGUCAACAUCGAUAUCCCUAAUGACUACACUGUCUCGCCCUCGUCGGCCACUCCCCACCUGACAAUCAACCGCGACGUCACCAUCGACCUCGACUCGACCAAUGCCUUUGAAGGUCCCGAGAAGCUCCUCGAAGUAUGGUUCAGCCCUUCUGCCUCGUCCCUUCCCGAAGGGGCCAAGCCUUACGGUCUGAAGGCCGUCUCGUCAGACACAUGGAAAGAGAUGCUUGAUCUGGUGAACUGCAAGGUUCUCUCCGUCAUUGGACAUGGACACAUGGACGCCUACCUGCUCUCCGAGUCUAGCAUGUUUGUCUUCCCCCACAAGCUCGUGCUCAAGACCUGCGGCACCACCACCCUGCUGUACGGUCUGCCAAGAAUGCUCGAGAUUGCUGCUCUCGAGGCAGGCUUCCCUGGCGUCAAGGCCAACCUCUCUGCUGCCAAUUUCCUGUACCCCGACCAGCAGCGCGGUCCUCACCGCAGCUGGCGCGACGAGGUCAAGUUCCUUGACCAGAGAUUCUUGGGAGGCAGUGCCUACAUGAUUGGAAAGAUGAAUGGCGAGCAUUGGUACCUGUACAUCACUGGGCCUAAUACUCAACUCACUCCUCCUGCUACUCCUGAGAGAGAGACUUUCACCAAGGUCCUCGACUACCCUGAGCAGCUCGCUGCUGAUAUGGCCAAUGCACAGAUCGACGAGUCUCAGGACGAGACCUUGGAGGUUCUCAUGACCGAUCUCGAUGAGCAGAACGCUCGCCAGUUCUACCUCGAAGACGCCAGUGCCAUCGCUGAGGGCAAGUACCUCCAGCAAUCCCAAGAAGCUCGCAAGGAUGCUAUUUCUCACCUGGGCAACAUCAAUGGUGAUGACGAUGUCGAUGUCUUCGCGCAGACCACCUCUGACCCUUCCGAGAAGCUGACAUUCCCUGAAGAGCUGACCACUGAAGGUCACACUCUGGGCUCCGUCGUGUCCGAGGCCUGCGGUUUGGCCGACGUCUAUCCUGUCUCCAAGUAUCCUGAGGCCAAGAUAGACUCCUACCUCUUCACUCCUUGCGGCUUCUCUGCCAACGGUGUUGUCCCUUCGACUGGAGAGUCGGCCUCGGCAGCCCAUUACUUCACCGUCCACACCGGACGCGAGACCCGCGACAUUGUCGUACAGGUCGUCAACAUCUUCAAGCCCGGUCGCUUCAGCGUCACUGUCUUCGAAGCUAAAACCGACGAGGAUGGCUACGGCAGAGCAAGAGUCAAGAAGGACAAGAACAUGGACAAUAUUGCCGGCUACCGCCGCGUCGACCGCAUCGUCCACGACCUCGAGGGCUACGAGUUGGUCUUCAGAUACUUUGAGCGUCUGGACUGGAAGGGUGGCGCUCCUAGACUGGGCGAGUACAUGCUGUAA